CGGAAGUGACGAACGAUCGUUCCAAAAUACAACAAGGAAGUGGACAUUUAUUAAAAAGGGGAAAUAAUUGCUAUUUUCAGAUCUGAAACAUUCGGAUUAUUAAGUUACUGUAUACAUUUAUAUUUUUUACAUAUUUUUUAUGUUUUGGUAUUUUCUAUAAGUCAUCUUGGACUUGGCAAAAACCCGCUGCUGUUCGUUUCGUGGAUCCCGAUUCAAACUAGUUAGCGAUGAACACGGACGUCGAAUUUCACAUUCGGCAGAAUUAUCCGUGGAACAAGCUACCAGCAAAUGUCAAACAGAGUGUUGGGAACUCGCAGCGUGAAUAUGAGAAACAUGUGCAGUUGUACAGUAUCCGCAACCAGCUAAGGUUCCGCAAUAACCUAGUGAGACACGUGAGGAAGGAUGAGAGGAAGUACUAUGAGGAGCUGCUGAAGUACAGCCGAGAUCACCUGAUGCUCUACCCCUACCACCUGUCAGACAUCAUGGUCAAAGGCCUCCGCAUCACCCCCUUCUCCUACUAUAUCAGCAUCAUGGAGGACAUCAUGAACGUAGAGAAGAGUUACGACUCGUUGCCCAACUUCACUGCUGCUGACUGUCUAAGACUGCUGGGCAUCGGGAGGAACCAGUAUAUUGACUUGAUGAACCAGUGCAGGUCUUCCAAGAAAUUCUUCCGUAGGAAAACAGCGCGGGACCUGCUGCCCUCCAAGCCAAUAGAGAUCUCAGUAGAGGCGUGGUGGGUGGCUCAGACCGGAUACAUCACAGAGGAUGACGUCAGGAUCUGCUCGGUGGCAGAGAGGAAGGCAAUUGAUAAGAUGAUUGAUUCAGGACCCCAGCUGGCCGGAUCAAUGGAGUACAAUGUGGUGCUGAGUCUGUACAACAGGGGAUACAUCUAUCUAGACGUACCCAUCUCAGAUGCCAGCUGUAUUUCAGUGCCCCCCCUGGAAGGCUUCGUGAUGAACAGGGUCCAGGGAGACUACUUUGAAACUCUUUUGUACAAAAUAUUUGUGUCCAUCGAUGAGCAGACUAAUGUGUCAGAGCUGGCUAAUGUUCUGGAGAUUGACUUGGGCCUGGUGAAGAAUGCUGUGUCUAUGUACUGUCGCCUGGGUUUUGCCCUGAAGAAAGGAAGCUCGUUCAGCUCAGAGCAGCUCCACCCCACAUGGAAGACUGCCCCCUCUGUCAACAGACUGAAGAGCACUGUGGACCCCAAACAGAUGCUGUUGUCGUGGGAACAGGGAAGUCCUGAGAUGGAGGCUGGAUCCUCUGCUACAGACACCACCAGCCUGGAGAACCAAGACAACACCAGUGUUAGCAGCCUGAGUAACCCUGGUCCUGCUGCCCCGCCCACCAAGAGGAUCGCCUUCCUGUUUGACUCCACCCUCACCGCCUUCCUCAUGAUGGGGAACCUCUCUCCGAACCUGAAGAGCCAUGCGGUCACCAUGUUUGAGGUGGGGAAGCUGUCAGACGAGACCCUGGACAGCUUUCUGAUGGAGCUGGAGAAAGUAGAGAGCACGGCGGAGGGCGAGGCCCAGAGGUAUUUUGACCACGCGCUGACCCUCAGGAACACCAUCCUGUUUCUCCGCUACAACAAGGAACUAACCACCGACCAGGGCCCUGAUCUGCCUAACAACGGCCUCCCCCUGGAUAUGCUCCGCUGUGAGAGUCUGCUGGGUCUAGACCAGGCCACCUGCAGCCGUGUCCUCAACAAGAACUACAAGCUACUGGUCUCCAUGGCACCGCUCAGCAACGAGAUACGACCUAUCAGCAGCUGCACUCCUCAGCACAUUGGCCCAGCCAUCCCCGAAGUGAGCUCCAUCUGGUUCAAGCUCUAUCUGUACCAUGUGACCGGCCAGGGUCCUCCCUCCCUGCUGCUGUCCAAGGGCUCCAGGCUCCGGAAACUACCGGACAUUUUCCAGGUUUUUGACAGGCUGCUGAUCACUUCCUGGGGUCACGACCCCGGUGUGGUUCCGACGUCCAACGUGCUGACCAUGCUCAAUGACGCCCUCACACACUCCGCUGUACUCAUACAGGGCCAUGGGCUGCAGGGUCAUGGAGAGACAGUUCACGUCCCAUUCCCGUUUGACCGAGAGGAUCUCAAAGGAGAGUUCUCCUCCUCCAACAUGUGUGUCCACAAGGCCCUGCUGCUGCUGAGGGAGAAGGUGGAUCUGGAGCACCAGUGUGGUUACAUCACCAUGCUCAACCCCAACAACAGGCACCGCAGGAGGGCCAGCGAGAGCUCCGACGGCAGGGGAGACAGUCAUCUGGGAGGUGGGUUGGAGGCCAACAGCAGCACGGAGUCCUUUGAGCUGGUCACAGAGGACAACAAUGGAGGAAAGCAAGCGGCAGAAGUGCCGUUGAUAGAAGAUGAGUGGGUCCCUCUAGAGCUGUGCUUUGGGAUGCCUCUCUUCAGCUCCGAGCUGAACCGCAAAAUAUGCCGAAAGAUCGCCUCGCACGGCCUCUGUAGCAAAGACAGCCUUCAAGACUUACUUCAUUCCAGCCGAACACUGUCAUUGAAGGUCCUGAGUUUUGUUCAGGCGUUCCAGGAUGGCAGCCAGGGUCAGCCCGACCCUGACAGUGGAGUGUCCGGUCCUCUCAGCCAGCCCCCGGCCGAGUCUGGUGUUCCGCUGCCCGCUCUCAACCUCAUCUUCAAGGAUGGACAGCUGAGGGAGUGGAGUGGACGAGCACCUCCACCUCUCCACAUCUCAUCCCUGCAGAAAGACCAGACCUUAUAGACCCUCCACAUCUCAUCCCUGCAGAAAGACCAGACCUUAUAGACCCUCCACAUCUCAUCCCUGCAGAAAGACCAGACCUUAUAGACCCCUCCACAUCUCAGCCCUGCAGAAAGACCAGACCUUAUAGACCCUCCACAUCUCAUCCCUGCAGAAAGACCAGACCUUAUAGACCCUCCACAUCUCAUCCCUGCAGAAAGACCAGACCUUAUAGACCCCUCCACAUCUCAUCCCUGCAGAAAGACCAGACCUUAUAGACCCCUCCACAUCUCAGCCCUGCAGAAAGACCAGACCUUAUAGACCCCUCCACAUCUCAUCCCUGCAGAAAGACCAGACCUUAUAGACCCCUCCACAUCUCAUCCCUGCAGAAAGACCAGACCUUAUAGACCCCUCCACAUCUCAUCCCUGCAGAAAGACCAGACCUUAUAGACCCUCCACAUCUCAUCCCUGCAGAAAGACCAGACCUUAUAGACCCUCCACAUCUCAUCCCUGCAGAAAGACCAGACCUAAUAGAACAUGUCACCUUAUCUCAAACACUCAUUCAACCACAACUAUAACUUCCUGUCUCUGUCCUGCAAAACACCAGCCCACAGUAGCCCCACCCACUCUAAGCCAUCCCCAAGACUUGAUGGUGUUACUUUGGCGUGGCCAUGAGGAGACUGUCUGUACUGGUCAUUUACAGUGGUGAGAGCUGGUGAUGUCUAGACCCUUUAGGCCAGUGGUUCCCAACCAUGAGGAGACUGUCUGUACUGGUCAUUUACAGUGGUGAGAGCUGGUGAUGUCUAGACCCUUUAGGCCUGUGGUUCCCAACCAUGAGGAGACUGUCUGUACUGGUAAUUUACAGUGGUGAGAGCUGGUGAUGUCUAGACCCUUUAGGCCAGUGGUUCCCAACCAUGAGGAGACUGUCUGUACUGGUCAUUUACAGUGGUGAGAGCUGGUGAUGUCUAGACCCUUUAGGCCAGUGGUUCCCAACCAUGAGGAGACUGUCUGUACUGGUCAUUUACAGUGGUGAGAGCUGGUGAUGUCUAGACCCUUUAGGCCAGUGGUUCCCAACCAUGAGGAGACUGUCUGUACUGGUCAUUUACAGUGGUGAGAGCUGGUGAUGUCUAGACCCUUUAGGCCUGUGGUUCCCAACCAUGAGGAGACUGUCUGUACUGGUCAUUUACAGUGGUGAGAGCUGGUGAUGUCUAGACCCUUUAGGCCAGUGGUUCCCAACCAUGAGGAGACUGUCUGUACUGGUCAUUUACAGUGGUGAGAGCUGGUGAUGUCUAGACCCUUUAGGCCAGUGGUUCCCAACCUUUUUUGGUUACUGUGCCACCAACUGAAUAUUGCUCUGCCUGGACUACCCCUGAAGUACCCCGUCAUGAGGAUUUUACCAUUAGGCCUAUGGUCUCACAAGUCUUCUCAAGUAACCCCUGUGGAUAGACCAAAUACCCCCAGGGGUCCUAGUACCCCUGGUUGGGAACCACUGCAUCAGGGCAUCCAGAAAACAUAGGAAACUAUCAAAAGUAUUGACAAAACUGUAAUAUUGAGUCCAUAGAGUUCAAUAGAAGUUCCCUUCUAUGUUCAAUGGUUAAUACAUUUGCUGAAUAAUAGAAAAAGAUUCACAAAUAACUAUAUUUUUGCUGACCUCAGUAGGUGUUUUUGAUGGACUAAGCCAGGAAUGGUUUGACUAGUUAGUGUCUGUAGAGCAGGCAUGGUCAACCCAUUGAUUUUGUGAGUCACUCUCAUUCAGAUAUAUUAAAAACUGCAAACAUUUCUCCCCACCCUGAAAAUGUUUGGAAUUGCAGUAUAUUUGUUAGAAAAUCUUGCGUGGGUACUCUGACCCUCGAGACACUUCGGCCCUGCAUGAUGGGAACGCUGACCCUUGAGCCACUUCGACCCUGCAUGAUGGGAACGCUGACCCUCGAGCCACUUCGACCCUGCAUGAUGGGAACGCUGACCCUCGAGCCACUUCGACCCUGCAUGAUGGGAACGCUGACCCUCGAGCCACUUCGACCCUGCAUGAUGGGAACGCUGACCCUCGAGCCACUUCGGUCCCAUGAAAGCUGGCCAUCCCUGCUGUAGACUCCCCACACUAGACGAACCAACCCAACCCCUCCCUCCUUCUCCUAUUGGCCUGAGUUUAGAAGCCCACCCACCCCCAUGCAAAAACAAAUCUGAAAAUAUCUACUUCUUAUUGAGGUGUCUUUAAAUGUCACAGUGAGACUGGUGAAGUGCUCUUCUCCUCUAUAGCCUAUGGAUCAAUCAUACAGCAUGUUGACUCAAAACCCUGUUCCCUUUUCAACCUAGUUUACUUUCAACCAUAAAGGUAUUGUUGUUGCUUGUGUCAUGAUUCCCCAAGGUGCAGUUCACGCUAUCAGCCAGUAGUAGUUGGUGUUUUGUCUAGGAACUGGACGCCGGUCGGUUGGUUGGGGGGGGGGGUUUAGAUCAACCUCGGAUCAGAGGAGAGAUUGACCUGAGCUAGCUAACCCCCCCCCCCCCCACGGCUUUAUGCAAAACAUUUCUCUCUCUGUUUGACUGACACCAAAGACCACAUUUUUGUUUGUGGUUACAUUUUUCUUUGGGUUUUUAUUUACCUUUUUUUUGUGUCUUUUAUUUGUAUUUUUCUACCUUUUUAUUAUGACAUCAUCCUCUGUCAUCAGUAGACUUCUAUAUCUUUAUCUCUGGCCCCAGUCCUGUACAGACAGGGCACUCCACUCCCUCGGCCAGUUUGUUAAGAUCUGUGUCAUGCCCAGUAGACUUCUAUAUCUUUAUCUCUGUCCCCAGUCCUGUACAGACAGGGCACUCCACUCCCUCGGCCAGUUUGUUAAGAUCUGUGUCAUGCCCAGUAGACUUCUAUAUCUUUAUCUCUGUCCCCAGUCCUGUACAGACAGGGCACUCCACUCCCUCGGCCAGUUUGUUAAGAUCUGUGUCAUGCCCAGUAGACUUCUAUAUCUUUAUCUCUGUCCCCAGUCCUGUACAGACAGGGCACUCCACUCCCUCGGCCAGUUUGUUAAGAUCUCUGUCAUCAGUAGACUUCUAUAUCUUUAUCUCUGUCCCCAGUCCUGUACAGACAGGGCACUCCACCCCCUCGGCCAGUUUGUUAAGAUCUCUGUUUACAUUUACAUUACAUUUAAGUCAUUUAGCAGACGCUCUUAUCCAGAGCGACUUACAAAUUGGUUUACAGUGACGGCGUCAAUGCUGGUUCAGACCUUACCUGGGUUAAACUAGUAUCUGUUUUCUUUAUGCCUGGCUGGAGUAACCAGAUGAGUUUUUUUUGAGACUGUUGUCGUUGGUUCCACUGUGCCAGCCAAGCUCAAUAAAGCACAGCUCAAAUAUUCAAAGAAAUCUAAUACUGUUUGAACCCAGGUCUGCUUGGGUUAUCCAGACAGCACCAAAGCCUGGACCUAGUCCCUCACAGAGAAGAACCAUAUUAGAAUCUGUGUUCUAGCUAUGACGCUGUCUAUUCAUAAUGCUCCUCGGACAGUAGUAGCAGUAGUAGCAGUAGUAGUAGUAGUAGCAGUAGUAGCAGUAGUAGCAGUAGUAGCAGCAGCAGCAGACUCAUUAGUACACUCUUAAUAGUCGUACUCUGUUCUUCUCCUCGGUUCUAUCUUUCUCUCUUUUUAUUUGGAUGGAUGUGUUCUGUCCCCCCAUUUUGACCCCAUAGUGAUUGUUUAUUGUUGUUGAUGACGAUGUAGAAAAAAAGAUUAUCAAGAGGUCCUGGUGAAGCAUGAUGAGUGUGUAGAGACCAUUGUCUGUGUGUUUACACCAUCACCUCAUCAACCUACCCAAUACCUCCUGCAAUUAUUGACCCCUACCUUCCAUAACUAGUCACCUACCCAAUACCUCCUGCUAUUAUUGACCCCUACCUUCCAUAUCUAGUCAACUACCCAAUACCUCCUGCUAUUAUUGACCCCUACCUUCCAUAACUAGUCACCUAUCCAAUACCUCCUGCUAUUAUUGACCCCUACCUUCCAUAUCUAGUCAACUACCCAAUACCUCCUGCUAUUAUUGACCCCUACCUUCCAUAACUAGUCACCUAUCCAAUACCUCCUGCUAUUAUUGACCCCUACCUUCCGUAACUAGUCACCUACCCAAUACCUCCUGCUAUUAUUGACCCCUACCUUCCAUAACUAGUCUCCUAUUGAUGGAUUGAUCUAUUAUUGACCCCUACCUUCCAUAACUAGUCACCUAUCCAAUACCUCCUGCUAUUAUUGACCCCUACCUUCCAUAACUAGUCUCCUAUCGAUGGAUUGAUCUAUUAUUGACCCCUACCUUCCAUAACUAGUCUUCUAUCGAUGGAUUGAUCUAUUAUUGACCCCUACCUUCCAUAACUAGUCACCUAUCGAUCUAUCAGACCCCUUUCUGUCUGGUAGCCCUUUAUCAAUACAUCAGUCCCAACCCCCCCUCCAUGCCUCACUCCUAACCUCCUCCACAGUUUUAUCAGUUUUAUAGAGGUACCAAUAGUUUUGUUUUAUAUAAUGUCAACCUUGCGUUUUAGGAGUCUUUGUUGUAGCUUGUUUAAUGGGACUGAAUAAUAAUAUUGAUGCUGUUGUAUUGUAUUAAGUAGGUACAAAACAUGACAUUCCUCCACAUUUUCUUCACUGUCCUGAGAUAUGUGUUCUGAUUAUUACAAAAUUAAAUGUAAAAAGUAUAAAUAAAUAUGUAAUAAUAAAAUAAAUGUAACAUCCUACCCUCCCAAACAAA